CCUCGUUUUGAUUCCCCAAAUAGAAAAUCAGACCAGACAGACACGCACCGCCUUGUUGUCACGUCUUCUUCGUGUUAUCCUGAUCUCCAUUCCCCCUUCCCGAUAAAACUUUUCUCGUCACACUUCCCAACGCACGCACCUAUAUAUAUACAUAGCUAUAUCUAUCUACAUCUCUCUUCCUCGUCAAACAAUCAGUUAGAGAGAGAGAGAGAGAGAGAGAGAGAUUUGUAGAGAUAUGGAGAGAGCAAUCGAGAGGCAGAGAGUCGUUCUUCAACACCUUCGUCCUUCCUCCACUUCUUCCUCACUGGAGAACAUCCAAUCAUCUCUCAACGCAUCUGUCUGUGCUGCUGGGGAUAGUGCGGCAUACCAUAGGAGUUCUGUUUAUGGGGACGAUGUAGUCAUAGUGGCUGCCUAUCGGACAGCACUUUGCAAAUCAAAGAGGGGUGGUUUCAAGGAUACAUUUCCUGAUGAUUUACUCGCGCCUGUUCUCAAGGCAGUGAUAGAGAAAACAAAUGUGAAUCCGAGUGAAGUUGGGGACAUUGUCGUGGGCACUGUAUUGGCACCGGGCUCUCAAAGGGCAAGCGAAUGCAGAAUGGCUGCAUUCUAUGCUGGUUUCCCUGAAACUGUGCCGGUAAGAACCGUGAAUAGGCAGUGUUCUUCUGGUCUCCAGGCAGUUGCUGAUGUAGCUGCAUCAAUUAAAGCUGGAUUCUAUGAUAUUGGAAUUGGCGCUGGGUUGGAAUCCAUGACCGCAAACCCAAUGGCAUGGGAAGGAUCAGUCAAUCCAAGGGUAAAGACCAUGGCACAAGCCCAAGAUUGCCUACUCCCUAUGGGUGUUACUUCAGAAAAUGUUGCUCAUCGCUUUAGCGUAACAAGGCAGGAGCAAGACCAGGCUGCAGUUGAGUCACAUAGAAAGGCUGCUGCUGCGACUGCUUCUGGUAAAUUUAAAGAGGAAAUAAUCCCUGUGGCCACCAAGAUUGUUGAUCCAAAAACUGGAGAUGAGAAGCCCGUUACGAUUUCAGUUGAUGAUGGAAUUCGGCCAAACGCGUCACUAUCAGAUCUGGGAAAACUGAAGCCCGUAUUUAAGAAAGAUGGGACAACCACUGCUGGGAACUCUAGUCAAGUGAGUGAUGGUGCUGCAGCCGUCCUCCUGAUGAAGAGAAGUGUUGCAACGCAGAAAGGAUUACCAAUUCUUGGUGUAUUCAGGACUUUUGCUGCUGUUGGUGUAGAUCCUGCCAUCAUGGGUGUUGGCCCCGCAGCUGCAAUUCCAGCUGCAGUCAAGGCUGCCGGUCUUGAACUUGAUGAUAUUGAUCUUUUCGAGAUAAAUGAGGCAUUUGCAUCGCAAUUUGUAUAUUGCCGCAAGAAGCUGGAUCUUGAUCCAGAAAAGAUCAAUGUUAAUGGAGGUGCAAUGGCCAUUGGGCAUCCUUUGGGUGCAACAGGUGCACGAUGUGUAGCCACACUAUUGCAUGAAAUGAAGCGUCGUGGCAAAGAUUGCCGCUUCGGUGUUAUAUCCAUGUGCAUAGGUACUGGAAUGGGGGCUGCAGCUGUUUUUGAAAGAGGUGACUCUGUUGACGAGCUCUGCAAUGCUCGGAAGAUCGAGACCAACAACCUUUUAUCCAAGGAUGCUCGAUAGAAUAUAAUUCACUACUCCCAUAUUACAGCAUAAAUAACAUUACACCUAGUGUUGAAAACCGAUGUAAUAAUGUCGCAUUGAUAUUGUGCGAAACCUGUUAGAGACCGUAUCCCUACAUUUGAUUCGUCACAAGUUGUUGGCAAGCUAGAGGGUAUGAAAUUUGUCUCCUUUUUUCUUUUCUUUUUUUGGGUAAUCAAAAGGACAUGGAGUUAGCUGUGAA